UAUUGCAAAUCGAUCUAUGAAUGCAAGAAGGAAAGUUAUAAAUUUUCUAUAAAGCUUUCUUUCUUUGCUUUCAUUAUCAUCGGAUUACAUGUUUAUAAGGGGAGGCCGGGAUGAGUAAUCUCAGCUCUCUCCUUAAUUUCAUGUUUUAAUCCUUAUUUAAGGAAUUAAUAGAAAACUGAACAUUUUUACAUUGCAGAUGUAGCUUUGAUUGCUAUAUAAAUUACUGAUUGGGUGGUGAAUAAUAUAUAUACAUAUAUAUAUAUAAUAUUAAUUAAAGUAUUAUUAAAUUGUUCGUGCUUUCUGAAAAUUAGAUAUGUCGAAUUAUUAUAUUAUUGAUUGUGAUAAUUUAGCGAAAGAAAGAAAAAGAGAAAAUAAAUUAAAGCUUGAACAUAUGAUGAGUUGCUUUCCUUGCAUUAGCCCUGCUCGUAAGGAAGCCAUAAGGGAUUGUGAUGAGGAUCUACUUCAUGGAUCAGAUGCUUCUUCAGAACAUCAGAGGAGGAAAGGAGGUUCUUCGAGAGGGAAUCAUAGGGAGAGUAAUGGGCAAAAGGGCAAUGUGGCACGUAGUUACACUUUCAAAGAACUCGCAAUAGCCACCCAAAAUUUUAAGGAAUCUAAUCUAUUAGGAGAAGGCGGGUUCGGGAGCGUGUACAAAGGCGUCAUUGACUCCCAAUCGGUUGUUGCUGUGAAACAACUGGAUCAGGAAGGGCUGCAAGGGAACCAGGAAUUCAUAGUGGAGGUUCUGAUGUUGAGUUUGCUUCACCACAACAAUCUGGUCAACUUGAUGGGAUAUUGCACCCACGGCGAUCAGAGGCUCUUGGUGUAUGAGUACAUGCCAAAUGGUAGCUUGGAGAAUCAUCUCUUCGAGUUGGAAGCGGGGAAAGAGGCGCUGAAUUGGUACAACAGACUAAAGAUCGCGGCGGGUGCGGCUCGUGGAUUAGAGUAUCUGCAUUGUACGGCGAAUCCGCCAGUGAUUUACCGGGACUUGAAAUCUUCAAACAUAUUAUUGGACGAGGAGUUCAACCCGAGGUUAUCGGAUUUCGGUCUUGCCAAAUUAGGGCCUGUCGGCGACAACACCCACGUUUCCACGCGAGUUAUGGGAACCUACGGCUACUGUGCACCAGAAUACGCCAUGAGCGGAAAGCUCACCUUGAAAUCCGACAUCUACAGCUUCGGCGUGGUUCUGUUGGAGCUCAUCACUGGCCGUCGCGCCUAUGAUAGUGACGCCAAACCCGGAGAGCAAAAUUUGGUUUCCUACUGUCGGCCGUUCCUGAAAGACAAGAGAAGGUUUGUGGAGAUGGCGGACCCAUUGCUGGAAAGACGAUUUUCGGUUCGGUCUUUGCACCACGCGGUGGCCAUCACAGCAAUGUGUCUACAGGACCAAGCAAGCUUUCGUCCGGCCAUAAGUGACAUCGCCAUGGCGCUCGACUAUCUGGUGGCUCAAGCCCAGACCUCUGAACGCAACACCGCGCCGGCGGCGGCUAAACCCCACCACCACUCCAAGACGCCGCCCACGCCCACGCCCUUAUCUCAACUCAAUCUCAGCUUUCAGGCAAUUAGAAAAAACAGCAGCUUUGGAAGCAUGUCGUCUUUACAGCUUUAAUUUAUAUAUAUAUAUAUUUAUUUAUUUAUAUUUUUAAUUUAAAUAAAUGCACGUACCUGAGAUUCUUCAAUGUUACCCACAAAUUAACCACCCAGCCCACCAUUUCUAACCUUAGCUAAUUUUACAUUGUGAUUAUUGUAUGUGCAACUCUUAAAUUCGAUCGGCCAUCCAUCUGUUAUGAAAAAAGUACCUCACACAAACAUUGUACAUACAUACUCUCGUUCAUUAAAAUUCAUUCAUGUCUUCAAUUUUUGUAA